CUCGUUGACAAGCCUUUCCUUCGAAGUACAAUCUUCUCACUUUUUUUCCAAACCCAAUUCACUCCGAGUCUUCACUCCCUUUUCAAACCCCACCGUCACAAUGAAGUUCUCCUUGAGCGCUGCUGUCCUCGCUUUCGCCGUUUCCGUGGCCGCCCUUCCCCAGCACGAUGCUAACGCUGCUGGCAAUGGUGUUGGCAACAAGGGGAACGCCAACGUCCGCUUCCCCGUUCCUGACGACAUCACCGUGAAGCAGGCUACCGAGAAGUGUGGUGACCAGGCUCAGCUCUCUUGCUGCAACAAGGCCACCUACGCCGGUGAUGUCACCGACAUCGACGAGGGUAUCCUCGCUGGUACCCUCAAGAACCUCAUCGGUGGUGGAUCUGGCUCCGAGGGUCUCGGUCUCUUCAACCAGUGCUCCAAGCUGGACCUCCAGAUCCCCAUCAUUGCUAUUGCCGUCCAGGAUCUGGUCAACCAGAAGUGCAAGCAGAACAUUGCCUGCUGCCAGAACUCUCCUUCCGAUGCCAGCGGUUCCCUCAUUGGCCUGGGUCUUCCUUGCAUUGCCCUCGGUUCUAUCCUGUAAGCUACUCGUCGCUUCUGCUGUUGGCGCUCUCAGCCAGCGUGUGGAGAUUCGAUAUGGCGGCUCGGGGUAGGGAGCAGGGUCCCGGGAAUCUUCUGUUUGAUAGAUAUGGUACCUGUUGCUGAAUUGUGUAUCAUUAAUUGUGCUGUGG